AUGGCCCCAGUCUACCUCGUCAUAAAGACCGUGACCGAGAAGGACUCCAAACCUGACUACGAAGUUGACGACAUCGUCCCACAUGGUUAUAGCACUAGCCUCCCCUCCAAUAACUCCGAUAUCUUCACCAUCUACUCCUACUACACAGCCGACGAUAUUCAACACGUCACCCCGAACAUCACAGAGAAUUACGAUAUCAAACUGCGCUGGCACUACGACCCCUUCCCCUCCCCUUCGGUGGUUGCAUACAACAACAUAAAAGAAGGUGCCUCGUCAUCGAUGCAUAAAGAGAUCGACAAGUUCAUGGAUCAGGAAGCUAUCAAAUCGAGAAUAUCGACAAAGUAUGAUCGUGAGGGAAAUUUGGUAUUUGCGUACGGGCUCAAGACAAAGGAAGGAGAGAACGUGUGCUUUGAGUUGCUUGUGGUGGAAAUUGGGCCGAGUAGGAGGUAUGGUUCGGAGUUGGAGAUUACUAGGAAAGAUAACAAGGAACGAAUGAAGGCUGAUGCAGAAGGAGAGUCUAGGUUUGAGGAAGAGAAUCCCAGAGACGAAGAUGGUGACCAACCAAGGGAGGAUGCAUUGUAUUAG